AAUCCAUAAUGCAUAUUCUGACUUUGUUCUUCACACUUUAUUCAUUCAUCUCCUCCUGAAUAGUACCUUAUCUAUAAGGUAUUCGACAUAUAUGUUACCACCGCGGAAAUAAUUGUGCAACAACUUUCACGAAAACGAUCGCUAAGUUCCUCACUCGGUCAUAUAUGCAUUGGACAUGUAAGUUGGGGAAGCAAGUCCAAAGCAAAAGAACUUGAGCGAAGCCUUGAUGAUCAAAUUCUAUUUGUGAUUCUACGUUUACUGAGAAGUUUUUGAUUCUUGCUGCUGCACACGGCAUUUCAGCUUUUCAGCGCACCCUGCAUUCAAGUGCCACCUCUUGGCUAUGUCUUACUAGAAUGACACGCGUCUUUUCAAAUAUAUGCUGUACCUCUGUACCACUAGGGUUCGGCGUAUUUCGUUGGCUCUGCCCGAGUCAGGGUAUGCCCUAUCAAACAUCGUCACCACCACCUAAGGCGCCGUUUUUAAUGUUUCGAAAUCUCUGACUCCAUUGAACUGGAACUUACGGCUUGAUUCCCCGACGUAUACCCCAGUUACACGUCUGGGGAUUAAAAUUUAAGAUUGACGAUGCAUUAUAUUCAAAAUGGAUUUAUACCAGCAACAACCAAUUGAUCUCGACCGACCUGCUAUUCGACUUCUUCAGCUUCUUAAAGGAAAGCUUACAGAAAGCAUUCGGUGUAAUCUUUUAACUGGAUGGUUUGACGAACCCGAAAGCAUCAUACCAUAUUCUGCUUUGUCAUACACGUGGGGAGGUACAAACAAGUCAUGCGAAAUCACGGUCGACAAUACCACAAUCAAUGUCACCGCAAACUUAUAUUCGGCACUUAUGCAUUUACGCCUUGAAGAUAAGGAUCGAAUUUUAUGGAUUGAUGCUAUCUGUAUCAAUCAGGAUAAUGUUCAAGAAAAGAUCCAUCAAAUUUGUCAGAUGGAUGCCAUAUAUAGGGCUGCCGAAGAAGUUAUUGUUUGGUUGGGCAAUGGUACUAAAGAGACCGACUUUAUUAUGAAUUCUAUGGUACUAUUGCAAGAGUUUUGUCUGAAUCAUCCAGCAGACUGGAGAGGCGCAGCUAAAGUUUGGUUGCAAUAUCAACAAUCGCUCACGCGCGAGUAUCAUCAGAGGUCUCGAAUAGGUAUCCGUGAAUUGUUAGGUCGACCAUGGUUCCGAAGAAUCUGGAUUGUGCAAGAAAUUGCGAAUGCUAGGCUUGCGACAGUUUAUUGUGGCAGGUUUUCUGUAUCCACACGGAUCUUUGCACAGUUUCCUGUUUUGGUUCGCACUAUUUCCAAUUAUUGCUCUGUUCCGCUUGAGGUACCUGGCCAUUGUCAAUCUGUUCUAGAUAUUAUGCCUGGGCUCUCACGAAAAGAGUCUUGGUGGGGGGGAGGCAGAGAACUUCACACUCUAUUAGUAAAGUUUCGCAAAAGUGAAGCCACUGACGAUCGAGAUAUGAUUUAUGCCUUGCUAAAUAUAUCAUCAGAUGCUCGUGGUAGUGAUAUCUUGAAUCCAAAAUGCGACAAACCAUUACAGCAGGUUAUUCAUGAGACUGUUUCAUUCAUCAUUCAUGAGAAAUAUUCUCACUCGACUUACUCAAAAAACGAUGCUUCGUUGUAUGAAUUUCUUGAUUGGACAUUGUCAACUUUCUUGGAUAAUCUAGAAGAGCUAAAUAGUGUCAUUCUUGGAGCAGCUUCAGAGGCUGGAAAGGGGCAUCUGGUCAAGUUGUUACUUGCGACGGAUGGGAUCAAGGUCGACUUUCAAGACGAUCACGGCCGGACUCCGCUGCAACGUGCAUUCUGUGGAGGCCAUCGAGUUAUUGUGCGGCUAUUAAUUGAAGAAAUUACCCAGGCCAACAAUUUUAAGUAUCGUGAGUGUAACCAGGGAUUAUUUUGGGCUGUUGGCUCCGGAGAUGAGGGUGCUGUUAGGUUAUUGCUUGAAAGGGGUGCUUCGAUUGAAACAAGGACUGGAUAUGAUAGAACAGCGUUAUCAUUAGCUGUUCUGUAUGGAAAAACGACUAUUGUUAAGUUAUUGAUUGAGAAUGGUGCUGAUAUUGAAGCAAGAGAUCUCGAGGGUCAAACACCGUUAUCAUUAGCUGCUAGGAAUGGGGAAAUGGAUAUCGUAAAUUUAUUACUCAGGAAAGGAGCUAAACCUGAAGCGAAGGAUAAGACUGGAAUUAUUAGAGUCCUACAGGUCUGGAAUGUUUGCAUGUUCUCGGCAUUCACUUUCACAUUCAGCAUCCUUCGAAUCUUCCUAAUUGUUGCACGCUCCUGUCUACAUAUGGUCCCAGGGAUUCUAGGGUUUUAUUUUCUUUCGGGAAGGUUUGGGCUUUUUCGAAUGUACCGCAUCUUUGGAAUCUUUGGAGUCUUCCAGAUCUUUCUUCCGUUUGUGAUUUUUCAGUUCCGAGAAAGCUUUGCAAGCAUAUUUCUUCGUCGUCGGAAUCGCACCGGCUUUUGAUACCUGGUUACAUAUUACAGAAGAACUGGGCUACAAUUAAGCUCAGCCUCUUUAAUGAUUGUUCCCAAGAUAAGCUUUCCACGAACCACAAAGAGGCUUUAGCAUCUAAACUAGACAAGCUGGCGUCACAAAUAUUCAACUCCGACGUAACCUCAUGCAUUCUCUUCCGAUACAGGUUGGAUGGGAUUCUUCAACAACUACUGAGUAUAUAAGACAAUUUUGUAUUCAUAGCAUUAAGCGAGACUCAAAGUUGAUCUGGUCAUAGAUAUCGCGAUAAGCUGUUCGCAAUGGUAUGCAUACUUCUGAAAAAGGCCUAGAAUCUUUUUUGCAACUAUGGUAAUGCUGUUUUUGUUCCAUUUCCCAGUACGGACAGUUUCGUGUUGAUGGGUUGCAAAUGGUUGGAUUGAUGAGUCUGGACCUUUCAUAACCCAGCCCAAACUUCCUCCGGCAAACAGUCGCUUCUUCCUUCAAUACCUGGUGAAAGGUGGGAGCGGAUGCAUCUACUAUCAGAAUUAUUGAAUCACCGGACGUAAAACGAGGGACAGGAAGAUUUUUUAUGUUGAGUCUGGUUCUUCACAUACGGGUAUCAUGUUGUGAG